CCCCUUGGCCCGCCUCCACGGGGCCGGCUCGCAAGUGGGCGGGGCUAGAAAGAAGAGGCGGGGGGAGAGAGGGCUCCAGGAACGGCGCCUGCGCGGUGGGCGUGAUCCGGGCACUUAGGGCAGGAUGAACGCUGCUUUCCAAGAUGGCGACGGAGGGAGGAGGGAAGGAGAUGAACGAGAUUAAGACCCAAUUCACAACCCGGGAAGGUCUGUACAAGCUGCUGCCACACUCGGAGUACAGCCGGCCCAACCGGGUGCCCUUCAACUCGCAGGGAUCCAACCCUGUCCGCGUCUCCUUCGUAAACCUCAACGACCAGUCUGGCAACGGCGACCGCCUCUGCUUCAAUGUGGGCCGGGAGCUCUACUUCUAUAUCUACAAGGGGGUCCGCAAGGCUGCUGACUUGAGUAAACCAAUAGAUAAAAGGAUAUACAAAGGAACACAGCCUACUUGUCAUGACUUCAACCACCUAACAGCCACAGCAGAAAGUGUCUCUCUCCUAGUGGGCUUUUCCGCAGGCCAAGUCCAGCUUAUAGACCCAAUCAAAAAAGAAACUAGCAAACUUUUUAAUGAGGAAAACUCUUGUCAGCACUUGUGGAAGGUGGAUUGGAAUGAAGAAAGAGAGAAUGAAAGUAGCAAGACCAGUGAGGAGGCUCUAGUAACUGUCCAGCCGGCAGAGCACUUGUGCAGGCAGGAGGACAGAAUGCAAGGUGUUCUCCAAGACCAGAGCUAAAGGUGCCUGGCAGCUCGAGGAGAAGCGGGCACGGGAGGGGGCAGGCGGGGCUCCUCCUCCGAAGUGCUUCUGAGCAGUGGCUCCUGCAGACCCGGGCAGGGGCCGAGGAGGGCAGCCUCGGGGCUCCUGACCUCAGAUGUGCACGGUGCAGUGCCACGUUGCUUCCACGGUAGCCACUGAGACAUUCGGGGAGCAUUUUUGUAGUUUUCUCACCAAACUUUGGGGUUCCUCAUAGAAAUUUUUCAAAGUUUUUCAGCUUUAAAUGUUAUCGUGAGCAAGAUUAUCUUUUCUAGCCUAACCUCUAGAAUAAAACACAGCAGUUGGCAAGACGAGGCUGCCGUCCAGGCGUUCCCUGGGCACAGAGACGAAGGCCUGGGAUCUUGCCCUCCCCUGGCAAGAGGGUGAACUCGGCCCCUGUGCGGCGUCAGAAGCCCUCAGAGGGGCCAGGCCGGGCGGUGGGGAGCCUGUCUAUGUGCCCUGCUCUGACUUGCCUCUUCUGAACCUUCCAGUAAUUCCAGAAGCCAGGUCUGUGCCGUGACUUUGAUGAGGCAGCUUCUACACACCCCCAGUAGCCCCCGCCCUUGUCUGAGGCUUUCUUCUUGUUGAGGGGCAGGGGGAUUAAGAGCCCCCCCAAGAGGCUGGAGAAGGGAGACUUUGGAAAACCUUGCCUUCUUCUAAAAGCAAAUGUGUAAGAGGGAGUAGGCAGACACUUUAAAAAUAGCUAGUAACUUUGGGCUCUAAAUUUACUUAAUAGUGGUAAAAAAUCUUAAUUUCUCUUUCGUGCUGAUGGAACCUCCUAGCAGUUUAGAAGUGUCCUCCUGUGAGCCCUGAGCUUGAGACUAAGGAUAAAUGCUUUAAGAUGGAAAUAUGGAGGAGAAGAACAGAAAAAAGCUAUAACAAUGACUGUUGUCUCAAAGACAUUCAAAAAUUCUGAGAAACAAAGUGCUAUGGUCCCUAAAAACCUGACCAGUUGUUAUGGGCAUGCACCCCAGGUGGGGGUUCAUAUCCUCCCCAUUUAGCUUCAUGCCCAGUCCUAGGUGGCAGAGAGCCAGGCAGCCACUUCUCCCCAAUUCCCCCACUUCCUGUAGUGCAUCUUAAAUAUGAAAAAUUUUUAAGUAUUAGAUUUGUGUGAAGUUGGUGAAGCUGCCUUAUCACAUGUCUGCACCUGAGAACAAGGUCCUUGUCACUUCUUGGCUGAGAGGGAGAUGUUUUAUUUUUUAUUGAGCAAGCUCAGAGUGUGAGGAAGAAAAAGCCAAAGGGUCAGGGAGGCUGGAGGAGGAAUCCUUGGGAAGACCAGAUGGCGCAUCUGGCUGUCCGAGGAAGAACUAGAAGCAGAGUUCACCUGUGCAUUUUCCGGUGAAAGACUCACGGAGCGCAGCGUCUGCGGGUGAGCGCUUGGCCGAGGGGUCAGAGCCCCUUGCACUGCCUCCAGCGCCGGUGACGAGGGGAGCAGCUAGCCUCUGAAUUUCUGAUCACACCAUUGCGGUGGGUGUGUCCAUCGUGGAGGUCUCGCUCAAAUAAGUGACCUGGAGACGUCGCCCCUGGCCUGGUCUGGGUUACAAAAGGGAAGGUUGAUAGGCCUCUUGUCCUGGGAACAGGGUGAGGGCCUUCCUUUCUCCAGAGCGUGCCCUGGGGCUGAUUGGCUGGGACUGUCGCAUGUUGGUUUAGGUUGACAAGGCACUCAGCAUGCUGGCUCCAGUGAUGUCCCAAAGAGAGGAAACAUUGAUAUGGCCAAAGUCAAGUCUGUGGCUCACCAUUUAAAAGCACUGGUAUUAAAAACUGUUACCUUUGAAACUCAGAUCCCAAGUUAAAAACUAUAAGAACGGGCCCCUCCAGUAGAGGGAAACUGUCCCACUGAUGUUGGUUUUUAUUCAUUGCUGUAUCUGUUACAUGAACUUGUGUCAUAGUUAAAUUGCUGUCCCAGUUAAAAGUGUAAAGGAAACAUUUCCUGCAUUUUCAUGAUUUCUGUAUACCCAUGUUUAUUAAAGAUUGUUACGUUAGGUGACACUGUAUAAAAUUGUAUGGGUAUUUACCUUCAGUGAAAAUCAAAAGUAAAAUUCACAUGUAUUUCAUUUUUUACAUUUUCAUCCAGUUUCUUGACAACUUGAAUAAAUUUGAUAAAGAGCCUUCCUAACAUGAAUAUUGGUAAAUUAAAUGUUGCAAUAAUUAAUGAAGCUUUAAUAUCAGUAUUGUUACUUUAUGAUUUUAAGAAAAUCAUGUUUCUGUGUCACUGCUUUGUUUUUUAGCUGUUCCCUUGUCACUGUCACAACUAAAGAGACUUACAACAUACUUGAUAAUCUGAAGUACUUUGGGGUUGUCCUCUGUAUAUUGACAUUAAAUAAACGUGUGAAUGAAUUGUAAA